AUGUCCUCUUAUGACAAGUUUCGUAAGAGUAGAGUUAUUGUCGAAUCCUCGAGCGAUGAGGAUGUCGUCGAACAAUCUCUCGAGGUUUCAAUAUCUUUAUCAUCGAGUGUGAAUUUUUUUUUCAACAGAGUGAUGAAGAAGUUGAAGAUUCGCAGAACAUGAGCGUCGCGCCGUCCACCGAAAAUGAAUCCAAAGAAGUCAUAGAUGAUUCUUUUAACGGAGGCCAAGAUGCUUCAAUGUUAAGCACAAGCUCUCCAAAGGUAAACUCCUUUUUUUCUGGUUAAAGUUUCAAUUUUUCAGUCUGUGAUAAGAAGUCAGCAUUCAUCUUUCGCAACAUCAACUCCGAACUCCAAAAGCAUAUCAGUAUCUUUUUUUUCAUUCAUUUUUUUAUCUGAAAAGAUUUUUUUCAGAGGAAUGACGAGGACCUCUCUGUUUCACUCAGAGAAAUGUCUGUCCAUUAUUCAUCAAACCACUCGGGAUCUUCGAUAUCGAGGCGCGACGCUCAGCGACACUCCGGUACUAAAUUUCUCUUUCUCACCACUUCCAUUGGUUAUAUACAGGAACGUCCGAUGAGCUAGACCGAAGCCGCAGCUUUCACGAAGGUAAGUAUAUAACUUUUCGGCUUUUUUUUGCCAAAAAGGAAAUUCUUAGGCGAUCUCAACUAUAGUCCUAUUUCGAAGGAACUGGCGAAGAACUCCGACAAUGUGUCUAAGCAGUGUCUGCGAGAACGUUUAUUGCGAAAAAGUAUUGGCAAAAGAGGAAAGGUGCUUUUCUCUACUUUCCAUCUAGAAUCUUGUGAUUUAUUUUCUCAGGAAAACCGGAGGAAUUUGCAAGAAACUACAAAUGGCUGGGGCAUUCCAAAUGGCGAGUCCCUGAUCUCCAGUACUCUCAGCCCAAUCCCGAAGAACAACGACAGGAAAUACCAAGCCUUUGAAGAUGUUCGUUCUUACUUUUCUGCAUCUCCAUUUUCACCAAUUCUGAAACGUAUUUGAAAUCGAAAUAAAGAGCUCCCUUCAUAUGGAGAAUUUCUCUCUUACCUUUUCAAAUGAUUUUUGCUAAACCUUGAGAAAUCCCUUUAAGAACUUCAUACGAGUUUUAUGUUUUGAAACUGGAUAAAAAAAGCAUUUUUUAAGAUAUGAAAGUUGUAACGAGUUUUUAUUGUAAGAAAAGUUUUCUUUUUUUCCUUCCAAGAACGAAUUUCCAGGAAAUCUCAGGCGAAGAACGUGCCGAGAUAAAGAAAAGUGCACUGACUCGUGUAGUACUGGACAGUAGCGACGAAAGCGAGGGCGGAAAAGAACUAUUGGUUGAGGGUGAAAGCUCGGCGUCAGUGCAAGAAUUUGAUGAAGAAAGUUUCAAGUAGGACUGUAUCUUAUUUGCAAGCGAUGUUCUGGUUGACAGAGAAGAACAACAGUCCAGCGACACUCCAGUCGUGGAGAAAGUUCAAGCGCCAGUUCCAAAAGAUGUGAGAGUAUUUUUUUAUCAUUUUAAAUAUUUCCUAUCAAACACCUCAGGUUGACAAUUACCAGCAAAAGUCGACAACAGAGCUUGAACAGAAAAAAUGCAAUCUUGAGGUACUUUUUUGGUCAUUAGACAUUUUUUGUUUCUUUUUUUCUUUUAGAAGCUUCUCAAGUACGCCAACAACCUGCCUGACAAAGGUCUCAAGCUUCAGACUGAGCUCACAAAUAUUGCCAAAGUCCUCGAAAAUCGGGCUGUCUGUUUUUAUUUUUAUUUUUUAUUUUCAUUAACUUAUUCUUUCAGCUCAGCAAUGAGUCGAUCAUAAUUGACGAUGUCAAAGAAGACAGCGAUUUGCAAGUUGUGGGAGAAAGACGCGUCGUGCCUCCUCCUUUAACACGUCCCGGAGCACCUAUCCUCAUACCGCCACAGCCCAUGAAGGUCGACUACGAUCAGCUUAAUCAGAGUGAGAAUCAUUUUCUAGUUCAAAGAUGAGUUCAUCUUUUUGAGAUGAACAGAAGAGACUGUUCGGCGGGCAAAUGACUGAAACGCGAGUUCAGAAGAUCAACAUGGUCACCGACAAAGUUUUGUUCAACUUGCACGAGUAAAAAACAAAUCCAAGAAGAGGGUCGAUCUUGAAACUUGUAUCUAGGGCGUUGACUCAAGCUCCCGACGAUCAGAAGAUGACUGAAACACCUGAAGGGAUUCUCAUCGAUUUGAUGCCACAUCAAAAGACAGGCCUGACGUGGUUGUGUUGGCGUGAAACUCAGGCGAAUCCGGGAGGAAUCCUCGGUAUGAUUUCUUUGGCUUUUUUUCCGUAGUACAUGAAGAUUCUAUACGUAGGCAAAAAACUCAGCAGAAAGAGUGACGAAAAAUUGUAAAAUAAGGAAUAACAAGUUUUUCAGCCGAUGAUAUGGGCUUGGGAAAAACUCUCUCCAUGAUCUCCCUCAUCGUUCGCCAGAAAAAAAUCCUCCGAGGUUUGCGAGAAUCGGGCGACGAAGAGUAUAAGAAACGACGUCAAGCAGCUAAAGACGUGGGGUAUGUUAUUCCAUCCUUUCACACUCCAACAAGUUGUUUUGAGUUUGAUCCCCUCCAAUGGGAAUCUUGUGAUCGCGCCUGCUUCGCUCAUUUAUCAGUGGAAAAAGGAAAUCGAGGAUCGCGUGGAAGAUGGCCUUCUUUCAGUAUACAUGUACCACGGGCCGAAGCGCGAAAAAGACGCCAAAAGGUGUCGAUUCGCUUUUAUGCCCUGUGAAAAUGAAUGUUAAGGCUAGCGCGCUAUGACAUCGUCAUCUCAACCUACGCUUUAGUCGGAGGUGAAAUAACUGAGAAGAUAACCACAGCUAAUAACGUGAGUUAUUCUUUUACACAUGAAAAACCUCUUCUCGUGGUCAUUGGACUGAAGGUGGUAAAAAAUUACUUUUUAGGAAGACAAAGAUUCCGAUGAAGAAGAAAAGCAUCAGAAAGGUCGGGCCAAACGUGUGGGGCGCAACGACUCGCCCCUCGUGCAAAUUUCCUGGGCCAGAAUCAUCUUGGACGAAGCGCACGCCAUCAAGAAUCGCACAACUGCCGCUUCAAAGGUUUUUCUUUUUUGAAUUCCUAUUUCACUCUCUUCGAGGCUGUUUUUUUUUCAGGGUGUUCUUUUCUAUACUUUCAGCUAACUAUUACCUAUGAAUCGUCAAAAUUUCUAAGAAAUAUUUUUUCUUAACAAGUCAGAAAGAACAAAAAGCGUUGCAUUUAUUCGUUCUAUAUGUGAUAAAAUAUCGAAACAUGGAAUUAAGGCUGCCUGUCGUAUUCCCGCGAUGGCGCGUUGGUGUCUCACCGGUACUCCGAUCCACAACGAUCUGUGGGACUUCUUUAGCUUGAUCAAGUAAAGUUCGAGGCAAUUUUUGUGAUAGUUUGUCAUUUGAAGAUUCCUACGAGUGGCUCCUUUCAACGACGAAAAGUAUUGGAGAGAGUAUAUCAUGCCAAUGAAGCGUGAGUAUUCGAACAUUAUUUUAAUGUAAACCAUAAUUUGAAGAAAUAAGAAAGAUUGAAAUGAAAUGAUUUUUGGUUUUUAGCUUUUUGUUGUUUCAGAGAAAAUGGCAGAUCGAGUGAAUCUUCUCGUGAAAAACUUGCUGCUGCGCCGUGAUAAGGCGCAGAAAUGCUCCGUCACGGACAAGAAGAUCGUCGACCUCACGGAAAAAGUCUUUCAGGAACAUCUGCUCGAGUUGCAAGGCCCCGAAAGUGCCGCAUACGAAAUCCUCUUCCAAGCUUCGAAGUUAUUGCCAAUCAAGUUCAUUCUUGAUUAUCUUAUUUCAGAAUGAAAGUUCAAGAACUUCUGGAACAGGGCGAUGACGUCUUUGGAGCACGUCGCCGGAGAAAAAAUCGCAACGAAACGGGUGCAGAAGUCCGCAAUCCCUUUCUGCGUCAGUGAUUCUUUAAAAAUAACGAAAAACUGCUUGAAUAGCGUUUGCGUGUUGAAAUAUGAAUUUUUUCAUUCAGUGAGACUUUCCACUUGUCGCUACCCAAAGAAAAACUAUGUCGAAGUCUUAUGAGCAUGUGAAGUUGAUAUUUGUUCAAGCGUUCAUUUUCCAGAAGGUCCGCGAGUUAUUCGCCCGGGAGACAAGUUCCAGACAAUGUCUUGCGUCCUGGUCAUGCUGCUGCGUUUGCGUCAAGCCUGUGUCCACUUUCAUCUGACGAAAACUGUAAGUUGCGGUUUGGAAGAUAAAUUAGAGUACCGAACUCCGUGCAGGGAAUGGACCUCGAGGCUUUCGAAACGAUUGGCGUCAGCAAUGAAGAAGCAGACGUCGAGUCGAUGCUGCAGCAAUCAAUGCAGGAAAUGUCCCUCGAUGAGAGCUACCAACAAGAUGUUCUCAGCAAUGCUCAGAAAAUAUUCGAGCCGGAUUUCAUCAGCACAAAGGCUAGUGUUCUUUUUCUGGACUUUGAUUAUAAAAGGUGCGUUUCAGCUGAAGAAGCUUCUUGAACUGGUCGACAACAUUUUGGAAAAGAAAGACAAGUGGUAUGGGAUUUUUCUUUGUCCCGUGAUUUUCAUGCUCUAUAUCUCCCUGCAUUCAUUUCUAAAAUUUAGUUCUUGUGUGAGAGAUUUAAAUUUUGAUUUGGUUCGAAGCUGAAAGGUUUCACUUCUACCUUUUCAGCGUAAUAGUGUCUCAGUGGUCAACUUUGCUGAGCACAGUUGAGUUCCACAUCAAACGACGUGGCAUACAGUACACUAGCAUCACAGGAUCAGUUGCGCCAGCUGUGCGGUAUGCUUCAUUUCAGCAUUUGCUUCCAAGCAAUUUCUUACAGGCAAGUCGCCGUGAACUCCUUCAAUCAAGAAAAAGGCGGGGCUUCUGUGAUGCUCCUUUCACUGACGGCCGGCGGCGUUGGCCUCAACCUCAUUGGCGGCAACCAUCUAAUUUUGAUGGAUUUGCACUGGAACCCGGCUCUAGAGCAGCAGGCCUUCGAUCGAGUCUAUCGAAUGGGCCAAAAAAAAGAUGUCUUUAUUCACAAGUGAUAUUAGCUGCUUUUCCUGAUUCCAAAAUAAUAUUCCAGGUUGGUCAUCAAGGACUCGAUUGAAAAGCGCGUUUUGGAUCUCCAACAGAACAAACUGAAUCUCGCUAAAAGUGUUCUUGAAGGGUAGGUUAUCACGAAAAAAAAAUACAUAGUUUUGAACUAAACAUUUUUUUACAGUGCUGCUUCGAAGAAGAUGAACAAACUGACGAUGGCUGAUCUUCGUUUCUUGUUCGACCUCGACGACAAAACAGAUAAAUAA